GCCCGGCCGAGGAAGUGGAGGAGCCGCGGUACGUGGCGGCGCCUCCCCUUUGACCCGGAGCGGAACUGCUGAAGGAGCGGCAGCGCAGGCCGGACUAGGUGAACUGGGUGGUUUAAAUGCCCUCCGGGGAUGAAUCAUCGACAUAACGAUCAGAUUUGAGGUCCUCAGCCCUUUGUGGUCUUGCUACGGGACAGUUUUCGUUGGUUGACGGGUGUGCCCUGAGGGGUUCCGCGGUGACCACUGGCCCUCGAUAGAGCCACCUUUCCUGCUUGUCGGACGUCCACAUUUCCUGUAAAAAGUUCAGGAUAUAACUUCUUUUCCGGCAGAAUUCUCUGUGUAAGAGGAAGGCUUUCACAUGAAAGUGUCUCUUGGUAACGGCGAAAUGGGCGUCUCUGCCCAUUUGCAGACUUGCAAGGCAGGAACCACACGUUUUUUUACCAGCAAUACCCACAGUUCGGUGGUAUUGCAAGGCUUUGAUCAGCUGAGAAUAGAAGGAUUGCUUUGUGAUGUGACUCUGGUACCGGGUGAUGGAGAUGAUAUCUUCCCUGUUCACAGAGCUAUGAUGGCGUCCGCGAGCGAUUAUUUCAAGGCUAUGUUCACAGGUGGAAUGAAAGAACAAGAUUUAAUGUGCAUUAAACUUCAUGGGGUGAACAAGGUUGGUCUAAAGAAAAUCAUUGAUUUUAUUUAUACUGCAAAACUUUCUCUUAAUAUGGACAAUCUUCAGGAUACACUUGAAGCUGCCAGCUUUUUACAAAUUUUACCUGUUUUGGAUUUCUGUAAAGUAUUUCUUAUAUCGGGAGUCUCUUUAGAUAACUGCGUUGAGGUUGGACGAAUUGCAAACACUUACAAUCUUAUAGAAGUGGAUAAAUAUGUUAAUAAUUUCAUCCUGAAGAACUUUCCUGCGUUACUGAGUACUGGAGAGUUUCUUAAACUCCCGUUUGAACGACUUGCCUUUGUGCUCUCUAGUAAUAGUCUUAAGCACUGUACUGAACUUGAGCUCUUCAAGGCUGCCUGUCGCUGGCUGAGGUUGGAAGACCCUCGGAUGGAUUAUGCUGCAAAAUUAAUGAAGAAUAUUCGAUUUCCACUGAUGACACCACAAGAUCUCAUCAAUUAUGUUCAGACAGUAGAUUUCAUGAGAACAGACAAUACCUGUGUAAAUUUGCUUUUGGAAGCUAGUAAUUAUCAAAUGAUGCCGUAUAUGCAGCCAGUGAUGCAGUCAGAUAGAACUGCCAUUAGAUCUGACUCUACUCACUUGGUUACAUUAGGAGGAGUUUUGAGGCAGCAACUGGUUGUGAGUAAGGAAUUACGGAUGUAUGAUGAAAGGGCGCAAGAGUGGAGAUCUUUAGCCCCAAUGGAUGCGCCUAGGUAUCAGCAUGGCAUUGCUGUCAUUGGAAACUUUCUUUAUGUCGUUGGUGGGCAAAGUAAUUAUGAUACAAAAGGAAAAACCGCUGUUGAUACAGUUUUCAGAUUUGAUCCUCGGUAUAAUAAGUGGAUGCAGGUUGCAUCAUUAAAUGAAAAGCGCACAUUCUUCCACUUAAGUGCCCUCAAAGGUCAUUUGUAUGCAGUUGGUGGGCGCAGUGCAGCUGGUGAACUGGCCACAGUAGAAUGUUACAACCCAAGAAUGAAUGAGUGGAGCUAUGUUGCAAAAAUGAGUGAACCCCACUAUGGCCAUGCUGGGACAGUAUAUGGAGGCUUAAUGUAUAUAUCAGGAGGAAUUACCCAUGACACUUUCCAAAAUGAGCUUAUGUGUUUUGACCCAGAUACUGACAAAUGGACACAGAAGGCCCCAAUGACGACUGUCAGAGGGCUGCAUUGCAUGUGUACAGUUGGAGACAAGCUCUAUGUUAUUGGUGGUAAUCACUUCAGAGGAACAAGUGAUUAUGAUGAUGUUUUAAGCUGUGAAUACUAUUCACCAACCCUUGACCAGUGGACACCAAUUGCUGCUAUGUUAAGAGGUCAAAGUGAUGUUGGAGUUGCUGUCUUUGAAAAUAAAAUCUAUGUUGUUGGUGGAUAUUCUUGGAAUAAUCGCUGUAUGGUAGAAAUUGUCCAGAAAUAUGACCCAGAAAAGGAUGAGUGGCAUAAAGUUUUUGACCUUCCAGAGUCACUUGGUGGCAUUCGAGCUUGUACUCUCACAGUUUUUCCACCUGAAGAAAAUCCUGGGUCACCUUCUAGGGAAUCUCCCCUUUCAGCACCUUCGGAUCAUUCUUAGGUCUAAGGUUUAAUACCUUUGCAGCACAUAAUGGAUGAUCUCAUACCUCCCCUUCUUAAAAUGAUUGGUAUAGUUAUUAGAUAAAAAGGUAACAUGUUACUUGUCUUGUUUGGCUUAGUUUCCUUAUCAAAUGGUUAAAGAUGCAUUCUGAAAAUGUAUUCAACAUAGCCAGCUGUUUUAACAAAUGAGAAAAAGAUACAUAGAAAAAUGUUUAAAUUAGAUGUCUUUUCAUAUGUUAUGUAAGUAAAUUGUAGGUGAGUAGUAAAUGUAUAGUUAUGUCCAUUGUGAUUCAGAGUUGAAAGUUUCAUCUUUGUAAAACAUCAAAGGGAGGCCACCUGUUCUAACCUAAAAUAAUAAUAAUUAAAAAAAGGUUGCCAAGUAUUAGCUACCUCCCUCUUUUCAUAGAGUUUUUGAUGUAUCUUGUCACCUCAUUUGAUUGUGUAGGUGCAUUCAGAAUAUGUUAAGUUUCUUGGGCAGACAGAAGAAACAAUAAAAAUACAAAAUAGAAAAAAAAAGUAUAGCCCAAAGUCAGGGUUUGGUAUCUCUCACCAGAGAAAGAAAGCUAGAAAGAAACUGUAUGCAUACA